AACCCGAACGGGCCAAGCAGAAGACCGAGAGCGACCGAGUGAGAAUUUUUGUGGGCUGAACAAGGGAUCGAAGAGGAUCCGAAUCCUAUCGGCCGCCAUGGCUUCGCAGGGAGAGCGCGAGAAGUUCGUCUACAUCGCGAAGCUUGCCGAGCAGGCGGAGCGCUACGAUGAGAUGGUGGACGCAAUGAGGAAGGUAGCGAAGCUGGAUGUGGAGCUUACGGUCGAGGAGCGGAAUCUCGUGUCAGUCGGAUACAAGAACGUGAUUGGGGCGCGGAGGGCCUCGUGGAGGAUUUUGUCUUCGAUUGAGCAGAAGGAGGAAUUGAAGGGGAAUGAUCAGCAUGUGAAGUGUAUCAGGGAGUAUAGGCAAACGGUGGAGUCGGAGCUAUCCAACAUCUGCGGCGACGUUAUGACUGUCAUUGACGAGCAUCUUGUCCCUUCCUCAUCUGCUGGGGAGUCAUCUGUCUUCUACUACAAGAUGAAGGGAGAUUAUUAUCGUUAUCUGGCAGAGUUUAAGUCUGGGAAUGAUCGAAAGGAAGCUGCUGAUCAAUCUCUCAAGGCGUACCAAAUGGCUUCUAGCACAGCCGAAGCUGAUCUGUCUCCUACACACCCAAUUCGGCUUGGAUUGGCUUUGAAUUUUUCAGUAUUCUACUAUGAGAUUAUGAACUCACCCGAAAGGGCUUGCCACCUUGCCAAACAAGCAUUUGAUGAAGCCAUAUCGGAGCUGGAUACUUUGAGUGAAGAGUCAUACAAGGAUAGUACUUUGAUCAUGCAACUUCUCAGGGAUAACCUUACUUUGUGGACCUCUGACAUCCCCGAGGAUGAAGCAGAGGAAACUGCAAAGGAGACUACUUCCAAGGCAAUUACCGGCGAAAGGAAAAACGACGGCAUUCAUUAAACUGAUCGUUCAUUGGUCAUUGGGCUGGCUUCCUCUAAUAAAACAGUAAAAAAUUCAUGCUGGUUCUAUGUGUUAUGUUGUUACAAAUUUUAAGUAUUGCAAAAUUAGGGAUUCGUGACUGGCUGAAGCAGCAAAAUAGCGUUUUAGGGUUCUUGCCCAUCAUUUUUUCUUUUUUGUUGUUUAUCGACUAAUGCUUAGGGUUAUUUUUAGUGGAUUUUAAUGCCUUGUU